GACCCACAAAAUUUCUUAACUGACAAAAAUGAGCCUGACCUUGAUCCUAGGCCUUUUCGACCAAUUUUUUUCUCCUUAUCUCCUCGGCGUGCCUCUUCUAGCUGUUGCUAUCGCCGCCCCUUGAGUAUUAUUCCCAAAACCCGCUAAUCGCGUGAUCCACGGCCGAUCCCUUGCAGCCCAAAAUUCUUUUGUCUUGAACUUUACAAAGCAAAUUCUCCUCCCCCUAAACGUGGGGGCCCAUAAAUGAGCACUACUACUUACAGUGCUAAUGAUUAAUCUUAUUACACUAAAUUUACUUGGGCUUCUUCCUUACACCUUCACCCCUACUACCCAGCUACCUCUUAACAUGGGGUUUGCUAUUCCUUUGUGGCUAGCUACAGUCGUUAUUGGCCUCCGCAAUCAACCAACGAUAGCACUAGGCCACCUCCUACCAGAAGGCACCCCCGCCCCUUUAAUCCCCGUCUUAAUUAUUAUUGAAACAAUUAGUUUAUUUGUCCGACCCUUCGCAUUAGGCGUCCGGCUGACAGCAAACCUAGCAGCCGGGCACCUCUUGAUCCAACUUCUAGCCUCCGCCACUCUUUUCCUAAUUAACCAAAUGUGGCCAGUAGCAAUCCUAACUGGUCUAGUAAUAGCACUCCUAACUCUUCUUGAGCUAGCAGUAGCUGUCAUCCAAGCCUACGUAUUCGUUCUUCUUCUCUCACUGUACCUGCAAGAAAACACCUAAACGCUACCCGAAACACCCCCCCCCCCCCUUUUUUUAAAUAA